AUGGGUAAAGUUGCUCAGAGAAAGACCGAACGACAUAAUCCUCUUAAACCAACGGGAUCCGAUGUUAAAAUCGUUAAUAUACAAAAAUUACAGCAUUUGCUUGCAGAAGAUGAGGAAGAAGAAGAGUUAAAUUUGAAUCAGAAAAAGGACCGCCCUUUUCAGCAAGGAGAAGGGGAUGACGAAGAAGAAGACGAAGACGAAGAAGAAGAAGAAGAAGAGGAGGAGGAGGAUGAAGAAGAAGAGGAAUAUGAGGAAAUAGAGAUUGACGAGGCAGAGUACGAACAAGAAUAUGGUCAACAAGAAUCACGCAAUCUUGGAGAACUCAUUAUGCAAAAACUAAACUCAAAACUACAACAAAAGGAAAUAGAAGAAAAAGAGGCGGAACCAGCUCCAGUUCCUGAAAAGGUGUUGCUUGCUUAUAGGAAACUUGCCGUAAUAUUAUCAACUUAUAAAUCUGGGAAAUUGCCAAAGAUUUUUUCGAUUCUUCCUUCGCUAAAUAACUGGGAACAAGUCUUGUUUAUUACUUGUCCUUGGGAUUGGACUCCACAUGCUACAUAUGAAGCAACAAAACUAUUUGUAUCCAAUUUACAAGCUAACGAAGCACAAAAGUUUAUCCAGUUAGUCCUUUUGGAAAAGUUUAGAACUAGUAUUGAAGAAUCUGAGGACCAUUCUUUAAAUUACCAUCUUUAUAGGGCAUUGAAAAAGUCGUUAUACAAACCAGGGGCAUUCUUUAAGGGAUUCUUGUUACCACUUGUUGAUGGACAUUGUACAGUGAGAGAAGCAACAAUUGCUGCUUCGGUAUUGGCCAAAGUUUCAGUACCUGUCUUACAUUCAUCAGUUGCCCUUUCUCAACUACUUCAAAGGGACUACUCUCCAGCCACUACUGUUUUCAUUAGAGUUCUUAUUGAGAAAAAAUACGCAUUACCAUAUCAAGCUUUAGACGAUUUGGUUUUUUACUUUAUGAGGUUUAGAAACGAUAAUGAGGAAAAAGAGCCGAUGCCAGUGGUAUGGCACAAGGCGUUUUUGGCAUUUGCUCAAAGGUACAAAAACGAUAUAACAGAUGAUCAAAGGGACUUCUUAUUGGAAACAGUUAGACAGAGGUUCCAUCAUGCUAUAGGACCUGAAAUAAGACGAGAAUUGUUAGCUGGAAAACCAAGAUUGACUAGUGGGGACAAUACCAAAAUGGUUAUAUAG